AUGUUUCUACAGCCUACAUCACUUACUAAAGGGACGUACACAUACACAAAUAUGCGCUCACAUCGACAGGUAUCUAGCGAAAUAUCUGAAGGAGGACUUCAAAAUGGUGCGCCCACCUGUCUCGGUGGAGAUGUACUCUUUUCCAGAGAUAGAUGGCGUCUCAAGCGAUCAAUAACCGGCCCGACGUUAGGUCCGCCCUCGCCUCGACUGCUGGUUCCAUCGCCUCCACUUCGCUGUUCGACAUCAACACUCUGUUUGUUCUUCAGAAUACUUCUCGGUAGCCCCUUAUCGUCCCUCGCAACACCGGCCCUGCCAUUGGAAGUAUCAUGGUAGUUUACGUAGGCGUAAUCAGCAACCGGUUCAGGUGUUGUGUGUCGAUUUCUCAGUUGAGCUGCAUAGUCGUAGUCUUCCCCAAAUCCUUGCUUGCGGUCCAUCGAGCGAGUGCGAAUGUACGCCGGCCUGUCACCAUCGUUCUUGAAAAUCCGUCGAGCUGUUGGGCGAAAUCUAUUUGGAAUGGGCGCGUUUGCUUCCUGGGCAACCGUAGCCGACGACGGGGCAUGGUAGUCCGUUCCCGGAAUUGCUCCUUUCUCGUGCUCAUAUGGUGUUCUCCUGAAAGGGAAGUUCUCUUCAAAACGGUUUCUGUACGUUUCACCCGAGCGAUAGGGGUCAGUACUGAACGAGUCUUCCGGCUUUCUUAAUGCGAAUGUGGAUAGUGGGCGAUCGCUUGCAGAAGAAUAGUACGACGCCGGGCGGUAAGAAGGAGCUCCGCUUGGUGCGUAGGUAUUCCUCUCAGCAUCUCGCUCGGCUCUAGUCUUGUACACUUCGAAACGUCGUGGCUCGGACGCCCACGACUGAUUCUCGUCGAAUUUCUUCGAGUGACUAGAACUAGCGUUAGACGAGUAGUAAUUGGUUGCAUCACUUGUUCCAUACGGUGCAGUUGUAGCGAUUAGGAGGAGAGUGCGUCCGUUCAUCCCGUCUUCUGUAACUGUCGUCGUGAUAUCUCGGGCGAACAUAAUUGAAAAGCGAAGAACUUGGCACAGCGGCAUGGUGUGAGUAAAACGGAUCCGGUCCCAUGGGAGAGUAACGGCCUUGUGAUGUGGGAGAAAGUGGUGGCUCAUCGUAGAGACCUUCUGUGACCCUGUCGAGAUCUCGUAGUGCCUCGUCGGCUAGUGAUCCGAUUGUGCGAUUACGAAUGCGUCGGUCACGAUUCUUGCGGCGAAUGUAGGCAGCUGCCGACUCCCAGCUCUCUUUGCCACGAGUACUUGA